AUGUCUUUUAUCUUAAACCUCAGGAGGGGCUGCUGGAGGCUCAGGGUUUUCCCCAACUUGGGAAAGAGGUGGCAUGGUUACAACAAAAUCUUCUAUUUUCUCACGUGGUCUCCUUUUGAAUCUCCUACUUCUAGUAUCUGUGGGAUAGAAAAGACAACACACAGAGCUCUCAAAUGUCACUUCUCCAAUCCUUGUUGGUCAUGUAGUGAAAUCCUUGUUAUAUUUAAAAUGUUAGUCUCCCACUUACCAUCUCGGGUUCUUUUCCCCAAGUUCUCCCUAUCCCAGACUUUGUGCAAACUUUAUCAUGCUCAUUCAAUUCAGCAUGCCGCUGGAAUUGAAGAGUGUAUUGUGUGA